UACACAUCAUCCAACCAUACCGUGUGCGCAGUGUGGCUUCUGGAUCAGAGAGCUUUUCUUUCUAACCAAAGCGCGACGAGGGAGGAAGAAGCUUUUGUUGUGUUUGAUGGCUGUUGUAGUACUAGAGGCCUGGGCCUAAACUUGUUACGCAAGGCAAGGAAGUGGCCACUAUUUCCAAUUUCGGUUAGCGGAACAAACUUUUCAAAUAUGACUUCAAGUGACGUUUUCAAAAUAGGCAAAAGGCUUGAGCAAAUAAUAUCUAAAAAUGAGAAUGCAGAUGAAGCAUUAGAUUUGCUGAAACGUCUCAAAGAACUGCCUAUCACCCUGGAAGUACUUCAGAAAACAAGAGUUGGAAUGUCUGUAAAUGCAUUGCGGAAAAAGAGUAGCAAUGAAGAAGUGAAUGGGAUAGCCAAGUCAUUAAUCAAAGCCUGGAAAAAAUUACUACCUGAUCAAAACAAGAGUGUUGUUAAAGAAGAGAAAGCUGGGGAUUCAAACCGCAACUCCCCCAUGCCAUCCGAAGACAGCAACAGCAGUGUUCAUGAUACAGAGUCAAACAGUGAUGUGUCGCAACGUGGCAAAAUGUCUGUUCCGAAGACUAAUGACACCGUGCGAGAAAAGUGUAGAAGCAUGAUCGCUGCUGCCUUGAGGGUGCCUAUUGAUAUUGAAGAUAAAUCUGGAUUUCAAGAUCCAGAUGAGCUUGGUGCUAUCAUUGAAGAUUGCAUUUAUACUAAAUUCACGAACACAGACCAGAAGUACAAGAACAAAGUGCGAAGUCGUGUAUGUAAUCUGAAAGACUCUAAGAAUCCUGAACUUCGCCGGCGCGUACUAUGUGGGGAAAUAAAGCCAGAGGAAAUAGCUAAUAUGACACCUGAGGAAAUGGCUAGCAAUGAAAUGAAAGACCUACGGAAAGAAUAUACCAAGGAGUCCAUCAGGGAUCAUCAGAUGGCCAAGACCAGUGGAACCACCACUGACCUACUCAAAUGUGGAAAAUGCCAAAAGAGGAACUGUACAUACAACCAGGUACAAACUCGUAGUGCUGAUGAGCCGAUGACAACCUUUGUAUUUUGCAAUGAAUGUGGUAAUAGAUGGAAAUUCUGCUGAAAUCAUCUACAUGUCUUGGAUCAAGUGAUUCCCGAUUACUCCAGUAGCAGGUCAGAACCGUCACAUCUUUCAAAAAUUGCUAUGGAUUGCAUCUCGUCUACUGCCCUCAACCUCUAGUCAUUUAGUAUCGUGGAGUAUUAGAAUUUGUUGAUAAUUGCUGAAUGUAUAUAAAUGCUGUGUUUACACUCAAAAGGGUGUUAUUUUAAAGUAAACAGUGUCAACCUAAAGGAUCAUGUUUGUGAAAUACAUAAUUUUAAGAAGACUUUAAAUGGACAAUUUAUGAUACCUUCCUAUUUAAUCUAUGAGUAGAAAUAUGGCUAGUUAUAUACCUGUGCUAUGUGAACAACUGUGAUGUUGAAGUUAAAUAGAUCGUCAUUCAAGUCCUGUGGAAGUUUGUGCACAAUAGGGCCGUAGCUUCAAAGACUGCAUGUUUGUUAAUUGUGCUACUGUAUUUGUGAAUCCUCUGCCAUUUUGAAAGCAUGUAUAACUAGGAAAAACUAAAGUAUUAUUAGCUGGUGUUGAGUGGAUUCAUUAUUAUCUUUGUAGCUGAAAAAUUUAUUUGAAAAAUACCUUUGAUUGUGUAGCAUAGACUUGAGGUUGUUAAUUCACUUGAUGGUAUGUAAACAUUGAUUCAUUAAAACAAUAUUAAACUUUAAAUCAUAAUAAUAAUAAUAAUAAUAAUACUGUACAUUGAUAAAAUAUUGAGAUAGAUUGAUGAUUAGAUUUGAAGGUAAUUGAUACGUGAAUGACGUUGAUAAUGGAGAUUGUGAUGAUGUUGGCCUAUAAUCCUUUAUCUACAGAUGAUGGAGACCUCCACUUUUUUUGAAUAUUGAUAUUCAAUAUUAUGAAAUCAACAUACUGUACUAGAGAACAAAGUAUAGAUUGAAUGUUUAGUUUAAAAUGAUGACUGUGUUAUGAAUAUUUAACAAGAAGCUUCCAAUCAUGUUCUCAUCAUUUUACAAAAUUAAACAGAACAUGACAUUGCUUGGGUUUAUUAUGUUUACCAUAGUAUAUUCCACUAAACUUACAAAUGUUCUCAUUUGAAAUGUACAUGGAAUAAAAUAUGCUUUUUUCAGAAUAA